AUGUCUUCGGAGAGCUUCUCAGGUCACACGCCUUCUGUCGAACUAUCGUCAGAGCCGGGCAGUGCUCGGCAAUUCCAAACAGUAUUCCGCAUAUCGCCAGGUAAACGACAGACUCACAUUUACCAUUCAAGGCGACCCCAUUCCAAGUCGCGGAGUGGCUGCCUGACGUGCAAGAAGAGGCGUGUUAAGUGCGACGAGCAACGUCCGAAAUGUGUGAGGUGCACAAAGAAAGGCGUCGAAUGCUCUUAUGAUUUCGAGCUGCAGGUCUCCUGUCAGAAGACGGACUAUGUGGUAUCCCCCGAUUCCACUUUGUUUUCUCUUUCGCUCGAGACUCUGGCCCAGAGAAUCAUGCAUACGUUGGACAUGACGUCCCCCAUCGGACAACAGAUGGCCCCUAGGCAGUCACUCAUUCUGACCGCAUUUCAGCAAUUUGUCAAUGGAUCAACUGAGACUAUUCCGAUCCGUGCCCUUCGAGAGAAGAUGGAGACUGAUAUGAUACGCAUCUCGUUUGAUAAUCCACACCUCAUGUAUACGGUGCUGGCCGUGGGCAUGCUGCAUCUUAAUAGGUUCAACCCCAGCAAGGAGAGAUCGCUUGCAGAGACGUAUUUCUGGCAAAAAGCAAUCAACCUUUACCAGCGAGAACUGUCAUCAAAUGUGACGCAAGAGAACGUGGACGCUCUGCUCUCUUCUUGCAUGUUCAUGGGCGUAGCAACGGUGUGUCCGGAAAAUUUCAAAACCGAAGAAUCAUGGGUCCUCACAAACCGACCCGAAGCCAUGAACUGGCUCUGUCUUCAAAGCGGUCUCCAGUGCAUCCUAGCCCUUUCCAAACCUUACAUAUCCAACAGUAUCUGGGCAUCUGCCUUUGAAGAAGUCAGCCAAGACGAGGGUGGCAUCUUCGAUCUGGGGGGCAUACAAGGGCGGGAGGGAAUUGACCCGGAUAUUGCAGCUUUCUGCUGCUUUGACGAUGAGACCACGAAAGACAAUAAUGUCUAUUAUACGCCGGCACGGUAUCUGACUAGCUUGAUGCUGCUAGAGCGUAACAAGCGCAAUGCCUGGAGUUCGAUUGCGGAACAUGUUCCUCUUAUGAUCUCGGUUGAGGAUGAUGAAGCUCGUGCUUUGGAUACGGCGCGGUUCCGGACGCUGAGAGGUUGCCAGGCCUACGAUGGCGACGAUUCGAGGAAGCGAAAACUGAAGAAGCAACGUCUACGAUAUGGAUUAAAUUGUGCGUAUUACUAG